AUGGACGACAACGGUGGGUCGGGUGGUAAAGUCGCGAAGCUCCUACCCAACUUUGCUGCCAGGCGACGCUGGCGCAAGCAGUCCAGAGAGAGUUUUGCGUCGACGACUAGCAGCGAGGAUGUUCCUCGCGGCCGAAGCCCACAUGGCCGCGAGCCGUCGCUUGGUGACGACCCCUCGGAGCGCCCAGCGUCACAAUCGCACCCUACCGAGGCCGUGAUCGAGGAGAACGACCGAGUUGGAGAAGACGAAGAGGACGACAAUAUCAGCCCACUGGCAGACGAAUGGGACAAUGACCGAUCACCGGUCCGACCCACCGUCCCUUCAAGCCAUCCCUCGCAAAUAGGACAUUUGACGACAUCAUCACCCAUUAUCCAAGCAGAGCACGCACCCGAGGUGCAACACAUCGACGCCCUGGCGAACAACAGCCGCGACAGCAUCGCUAGGUCGGCCACCUACUCGGUCUCGGUCUCGUCCGACAAUUCUGCCGUGCCGACUCGUCAGCUCUCCGGGAGCAAGACCGGCCUGCAGCCCCCCUUGGGCGUCUCGUCCAAGCGGUCCAGGUCGCCUGCCGGCAGGUUCAAGGACGUAUUCAAGACCAAGAGGACCCCGAGCGCCACGCCGAGCUUAGGGAGCCAACAUUCAGACCAGAUUGAUAAGACCGACUUCGCCUCCGAGACCUCGUCCCGGCCAGCUAGCUCCAGCUCCCAGACCGGCCAAACCUUAGCUGCCGCACCUGACGCAGAUGACGCCGGGGUAGCCUCCUCCAACAAAUCGUCACGCCGCUUCAAGUCGCGCCCUGCCAUUGAUACCUCCAACAGGCCCCGAACACCACCAUCCUCAGAGCACAGUGCACCUGUUAUAGUGAACACACCGCCGACGCCCACCGACCACUCCCACCCGCCGCAGGAAGGGGUCCCGGCGUCCCAAACCCCGCUCCAGAGCUCUGACCCGUCCUCGAGACCGACGUCGAGCGCAUCGCAGCCCGGUGGCACGAUAUCGCACCGGCGCGGGAGAUCCAGGUCGGGAUCCGCCACAAGCGUUGGGCCUAGCAAGCUGUCCAACAUCACUUUGGCGCCCUUGACCCCAACCCCUGAGAACGCCGUCCCGCCGACCCCGGGUGGUGGUUUCUUCUCCUCUGUCAUAUCAGCUGCACAAAACGCCGCCAACACUCUCAGCAGCACGGUCUCUACUGCAAACAUCGGCAUCGGUGGAAAGCCAAAGGCUCCCAUACCCGCCGAGUCCCAGGAGGGAGACGGAGACACAACUGAAGUCGAGAGCUCGACGGGCAUUUCCAGGGAGACCACUAUGGCCGAACCUGCUGUGAAGACCCUGGGGCAGGGCGAUCUCAGCUUGAGCCAUCUGGGUAUUCAAGAGUCUGGCAGCGCCGCCCCGACUCCGCAGGCAUCCAAGUUCCCAGACCACGUAACCGACACGAGGUCUCGAUCGGAAUCUGCUCCAGAUGCCCCCCCAAACCCGCAAUUAGCCUUGUCAACAGAUGAUCUUGGUAUCAACCGACCGAGAUCUGUGUAUGGGUCCACCGGUGAUCAGACGCCGCCAACCAGUGUAUAUGAAGGCAAAACUGGCAUUCAUCGGAGCGGCAGUAUUCGAAGUGCUAUUGGGCGCAGGCGUAAGCGUGGCAGCACUGGUGGAACUGCUGGGACUACUGGAACUGGGACCACAAUCGGGGCGGCCAUUGCCGCCGCAAACGCCAGUGUAGCACAUCCCCAUGCUGCUGGGAGCGUGCCGAAGCUCACCGGCUUUGCCGUGGCGACCAAGAGGCGCAAUCGUGACUUUCACAACCUAUUCAAGAGCGUACCGGAUGACGACUACCUGAUUGAAGACUAUAGUUGUGCUUUGCAAAGAGAAAUUCUCGCCCACGGUAGAUUAUACGUAUCUGAGGGUCACUUGUGCUUCAGCAGCAACAUCUUCGGCUGGGUGACGACUCUGGUUAUGAGCUUCGAUGAGAUAGUGUCCGUGGAGAAGAGGAGCACUGCCUUGCUCUUCAAGAAUGGCCUCAUGAUCACCACGCUGCACGCCAAGCAUGUCUUCGCUAGCUUUACGAGCCGGGACUCUACAUAUGAUCUCAUUGUCAACAUCUGGAAGCUGGGCCAUCCAACUCUCCGCAGCUCGUUGAAUGGGGUGUCGCUUGAUGAAACAGGAGGAGAUAAGACCGAGAAAGUCGAUGAUCUGGAACCAAUUGCGGACCAUAGCGGAUCGGGAUCAGAGAUUGCCGAUGAUGAUGAGAGCGAGGAGGACGACGACGACAUCUAUGAUGAGGAUGAAGAGGACGAUGAGGCCCCAGAAUCAACACGCUUGGUAGAGACAAGCCUGACCGAUACCGAGGCGGAAAGAUCCACAACACGCAAAGCUUCUGGGCCAUUGGCUACGAACGGGACUUCCGAUAAGCCAGCCAAUGGAGCGCCGGCUCCUGCUGGUGGAAGUGACUUCCCUGGCCCUGCCACCCACGCUCCAACCGAGUGUGGUGACGCAGCCUCGCAUUAUGAAAGACUGUUGGCCGACGAGAUCAUUGCUGCGCCCCUCGGAAAGGUCUACAAUUACAUGUUCGGACCGGCUUCUGUCAACUUCAUGGCCAAGUGGCUUACUGUUGAACAGAAGUGUACCGACUUGCAGAUGGAGGACAAGAUUGGACUAACAGCGGACAACAAGUCGAGAGCUUUUACCUAUAUAAAGCCAUUGAAUGCAUCGAUAGGACCGAAGCAGACGAAAUGUGUGGUCACCGAGACUCUCGAGAAUAUAGAUCUGGAGAAGGCUGUCAAUGUUUUGAUCGUUACUCAGAAUCCUGACGUACCGAGCGGAAACGUAUUCAGCGUCAAGACAAAGUAUUGUUUUUCGUGGGCCGAAAACAAUGCGACAAGAGUACAAGUUAACUGCACCAUCGAGUGGACGGGGAAGAGUUGGCUGAAAGGUCCAAUUGAGAAAGGUGCCAAUGAUGGCCAAAUCCAGUAUUGCAAAGACCUAUUCGCUAGCCUAAAGGCAGCCAUUACUUCUCGCCCUAUUGCCGCUAAUGGUGCAGUUGGGAAGGGUAAAAAGAGAAAGGGCAAGAAACUUCAGGAGACAUCGAAAGAAUCUCUUGCGGCAACUUCAGAGUCGAUUGCCAAGGGUUCCCAGGAUUGGGGCCUUCUGGAGCCCUUGCACGGGCUUCUUGGGCCCCUCGUGGACAUCAUCAAACCAAUUCUCACCGGAAAUGUGGUAUAUGGCCUGCUUGUUGGGCUUCUGGUGGCAUCAUGGUUUGGUUUUGGUCUUAAUCCGCGUCAGAAUAUUGGGGGCUACGGGCCUGGUAUAGGCUUCCCAGCACACCCAGAGCGUCUGAUGGCGUACGAAGAGGUCUGGCGCCGCGAGGAAAGCGACCUUUGGGAUUGGCUGGAAGAACGGGUUGGACUUCACCGCAUAAAUGACGACACAGCGCCCAUCAGAAAACGAGUCGUUGAGCCGCGAACUAUGGAGGAGAGACUGCGCGAGGACAGGAUGACCGAGCGCGAGGUGGAGGAAGCGAUAAGAGUCACGGAAGAGAAACUGCACGUGCUCAAAGAGGUGCACGACCGAAGAAAACCAAAAGAGUCGACGUACACGAGGCCGACAACAAGACCUGAAACAGACAGGUAA